AUGAAAGAUAAACAAAUUAUUAAAUUAAAAAAGUGGAAUUUAGUAGGAUUGUGGUCACUUGACAUGCAAGUGGAGACAUGUGCAAUAUGUAGGAAUCAUAUUAUGGAUUCAUGUGUAGAGUGUCAAAAUGGUCUAUUAAAUGAAGAAGCAUGUAGUGUUUCAUGGGGUACAUGUAAUCAUGCUUUCCAUUCUCAUUGCAUAUCAAGAUGGCUUAUAUCAAAGAAUGUAUGUCCUUUAGAUACUAAGCCAUGGGUUUAUUAUCAGCCAAAACAAGAUACUUCUGAUUCAACACUUAAUGUUAAAUAUUAUCAAUAA